AUCAACUAUUCUUCCUCCUACUUAAACUUCCAUCGGGACAACGCCACCUCAACCGCAUGCGAGAAUCCAACUUUUGUUCUCCAUCUCAAAACCGCGCUGCGGUAGCCAUUACAUCUGCUUUAUAUGAUAGACGAGCACUUGAUUGUACUGCAACAUUACCUCUUGUUAAUUCAUUAUCACAUCUUUCAUUUUUAACAUCAACAUCAUCACGUAUACGAGAAAUAUUAGCAGAAGAUGAAGGCCUAGAGCGUCUUAUACGUAUUCUUCAGGAAGGACGGAAAUCAGGGCGUCUAGAAGCAUGGAAAUGGCAGCUUGCAUUUCAGUGUGUAGUUAAUAUUGGUAUUCGAGGGUCAGAAAAGAUUCGUACACGAGUAGUUGAAGCAGAUAUGGUUCCAGUGAUUGCAACGGUUCUUGAUGGGUUUUUACACCGAGUUGAUCUUGUGAGAGAAGCCCCUGGACGAGAAGGAUCGAGCAGAGGAGGUAUUGGGCGGCAACUACAAGUUUCAGCAACAACAGGAACAGAAGGGGUUCCGGAUGAUUUAUUUGUAGAGGGAGCAUUUGAAGCGCUAGAAGCGCCUUUAGGGAUAAAUACAGGAGGUAGUCAAGAAGAAAUAAACGCUGGAGAGUUGGUAGUAGGAGGCAGUAUAGGAAUAGAAGGAGGGUUUUCAUCAGAAGAUAUCCAUGUUUCGGGAAUAGAAAUUGAAACAGAGAGAGAAGAGCAGAACAAUGAAUGGCAGAGAGAGAGACGACAGAGGAUAGUGAUAGAAAAUAUAAGGCAGCAGUCAGGGAUUCUUGGGGGAGAUUCGGAUGAUACAAAUUCAGAUGAUGUUGGGUCAACGAACCGUAUGAGAUUGCAGCCAUUGCAGCAUCCAUCAGUAGAAUUUCAAAUCCUCCAAGACUCAGUUCUAAGUUUUGAACCUGAAAUUUCAGAAAGGGGCUCAGUAUCAGUUACUCUUGAAACAACAGUAGACAGUCAUGACCAAACUUCAGAAGCAAUAGAAGAACAGUCAACACUUUUAUCACACGAAUAUUCGUUCCAUUCUAUUGAGAAUGGGGCUUUUUCAAACACAAUAGAACAGCACAAUGAAAACGAGAUGCACUUGUCGAAUGUUAUACAUGAAAAUCACGAAUUUACUGCACCUCCAUCGUCACAAACACCAUCACAACCCACAUCUCUGGAUUCCCGACAUUUUUUUUUCAAAAAUGAAGAUAAUGUUGUUUUUUGUUUACAAUUAUUGGCGUAUAUAUCUAAAUAUCCUCAACUUAGAUCUUAUUUUCAGAAUUCACAUGAUAUUCCAGAACUUCGAUAUUAUCGUGCUGGGAACGCAAAUGACAAUAAGGCAAUACCAAUAAAUGUGUUUUCAUUAGUCGAACGGUUUACAUUACGUAUUCAUCCAACAGAAAUUCAGUAUUGGGCAGGCGUUAUUAUGAGAAAUACAUGCCGAAAGGACGAGUCUAAAGGCGGUAUUCGUCAAUGUGCAUACAUAGAUUGCGGAAGAUGGGAAACAUUUAAUAGACAAUUUGCAAAAUGCAGAAGAUGCAGAAGAACAAAAUACUGUAGUAAACAAUGUCAAUCCAGAGCAUGGCCUGGACAUCGAUGGUGGUGUAGAGAACGAAGCACUAACUAAGAAUGAAGCAUGAAUGUUUGGUGAACAAUAAUAACGGGCUCUUAAAUUAUAAUUUAAUAAGCGCUGUAUU